AUUUCGGAAAAACAGGAAUCACGGUAGAAAAUGAACAAGAGAUAUUCUGUUGAAUUGGAGGCGUAUCCAGAAAUACUCGGUGACUUUGGGUUGAAAAUUAAUACUUAAUACCUUGGCGGGAGAUGUUAUAAUUCUCAAAAACCUCCCCCCCCUCUCUCUAGUUCCGUCGUCGUGUUGCAGAAGCUUUAGGUCAUGGAAGAUCAACCUCCACCUUCCGAAGUAUCAACUCGUCGUUCCAAGAGAGGUAGACCUCCCAAGCAACCGCCGAAGGAAAUCGACGUCGAUGUAGAUAUGGCGGAGCGGGAGAGUUCGCCGGAAGAUUCCGACGAACCUCGUCCGGUUCAGAAAUCGAAGCGAAAUCGUGUUAAAGAAGGAACUACUAGCACUACGCUUAAACCUACUGAUGAGACUUUGAUUGAGGCGAUCAAAGGUAACGGAAAACUUAUUCCUCAUGUGGUCAAACUUUGGGUUGAAAGCUACGAAAAGGAUCCAAGAUCUGCUAUGGUUGAGCUCUUGACAAUGCUGUUUGAGGCAUGUGGAGCCAAAUUUCACGACAAAAGGGAUCUCAUGCAUGAGAUUGACGUUGAUGAUGUUGUUGUUGCUCUUGUCAACUGUGCUAAAAGGGGUGAAGUUGAAGAUUAUCAAAAUUCCAAAAAGAAGGAGUUUAAAAACUUCAAAGAGAAUCUAGAGUCAUUCUGGGAUAAUUUGGUCCGUGAAUGUCAGCAUGGACCAUUGUUUGACCAGGUUUUAUUUGACAAGUGCAUGGACUACAUCAUUGCACUUUCAUGCACCCCUCCAAGAGUUUAUCGUCAAGUUGCUUCAUUGAUGGGUCUUUCAUUGGUCACAUCAUAUAUAACUGUUGCUAAUAUGCUUGGCGUACAAAGAGAGACUACUCGUAGACAAUUGGAUGCUGAAAAGAAGAAAAAAACCGAGGGGCCUCGGAUGGAGUCACUAAAUAAAAGGUUUUCGGAUAUGCACGAGAAAAUAACACUGUUGGAAGAGAUGAUGCGCAAGAUAUUUACUGGGUUAUUUGUACAUCGCUACCGGGACAUUGACCCAAAUAUUAGAAUGUCAUGCAUUGAAUCACUCGGUGCAUGGAUCCUGUCAUACCCAUCACUUUUUUUGCAGGAUUUAUACUUGAAAUAUCUUGGGUGGACACUGAAUGAUAAAAAUGCUGGUGUAAGAAAAACUUCAAUAAGAGCACUGCAAAAUCUCUAUGAGAUGGAUGAUAACAUACAGACCCUUGGUUUGUUUACUGAGAGAUUUUCUGGCCGGAUGAUUGAGCUUGCGGAUGACAUUGAUGUUGCUGUGGCUGUUCAGGCCAUAGGCCUUGUUAAACAACUGUUCAGACAUCAACUUAUUCCUGAAGAUGACUUAGGUAAUUUGUAUGAUUUGCUGAUCGAUGAUCCUCCAGAAAUCAGGCAUGCCAUUGGAGCAUUAGUAUAUGAUCACCUGAUUGCUCAAAAAUUUAUUAGCUCCCAGUCAGAAUCAAGAGGUGAAAAUGUCAGUCCUUCUGAGGUUCAUCUUACAAGAAUGUUGCGGAUUCUGGAUGAGUUCCCACCCAAUCCAAUUUUGACUAUUUAUGUGAUUGAUGAUGUGUGGGAUUACAUGAAAGCUAUAAAGGAUUGGAAGUGCAUCAUAUCCAUGCUCCUUGAUGAAAAUUCAUCAAUCACUGACAAAAGUAAAACAAACUUGGUUCGUCUCCUGUGUGCAUCAGUGAAAAAGGCUGUUGGAGAGAAGAUUGUUCCUGCUAUUGAUAACAGAAAGCAGUACCAUAGCAAAGCCCAAAAAGAAGUAUUUGAAAAUAAUAAACAGGAUAUAACUGUUGCCAUGAUGGAGAAAUACCCCGAACUCUUGCGAAAAUUUAUUUCAGAUAAAGCUAAAGUGUCAUUGCUGGUCGAGAUUGUUAUGUAUAUGAAUCUUGAAUUUUAUUCUUUGAAGAGGCAGGAGCAGAAUUUCAAAAAUCUCCUCCAGCUUAUGGAAGAUGCAUUUUUGAAGAUUGGUGAUAAGGACCCUCUGAGAGCUUGUGUGAAGGCGAUCAAUUUCUGUUGUGUAGAAAGUCGAGGGGAAUUGCAGGAUUUUGCUCGAAUCAAGUUAAAGAAACUCGAGGUUAAAAUUAUUAAAAAUUUGAAAUCUGCAAUUAGUGAAGUAAAGGCCGGGGGUGAUGAAUAUUCUCUUCUUGUAAAUUUGAAAAGGUUGUAUGAACUUCAAUUGUCUAGAUAUGUGCCUAUUGAUAACCUAUAUGAAGACAUUGUAAUGGUGCUACGUGAUGUUAGGAAUAUGGAGGAUGAGGUUGUUGGUUUGCUGCUUCAGAACAUGCAUAUUCAUCUGGCUUGGAGUUUGCAGUCUGUGAUAGAUGGAGAAAGUGUUUCUGAUGCAUCAUUAACGUCUCUCCGGUCUAAGCGUGAUACUUUGUUACAAGAACUUGAGUACUAUGUAAACUUGGCAACUGACAGCAAUGAAGUGGAUAAAAUUGGAAGUGAACUUGCUGGCAGAGUAUGCGCUGUGCUUGCAGAAGCAUGGUGCUUAUUUAGGAUGGCAAAUUUUAGUAAGACAGGGCUGGAGGGAUUGGGAUAUCAGCCUAAUGCACAUGUCCUUCAGAAGUUCUGGGAACUUUGUCAACAACAGCUUACUGUUCCAGAUGAGGUAGAAGAUGACGAUGUAAACAAAGAUGUAACCACCGAAUACUCAGAGGAGACAGAUAGAUGUGCUGUUUUAAUUGCUGCCUGCAAGCUGAUUUCUAGUGAUGUUGUCCCAAAGGAUUAUCUUGCUCCUGAGAUUAUUUCUCAUUUUGUAAUGCAUGGAGCACGUGUGGCUGAGAUUGUAAAACAUCUGAUCACAUUUUUGAAAAAAGGAGAGGAUGAUUUGGCUGCCAUUUUUCUUGAAGCACUUAAAAAGGCAUACCAUCGGCAUAUUGUCGAUAACUCUGGAAAUGAUAAUAUUUCAUCAGAAAACUCUUUCUCAGAAUGUAAAAAUCUGGCUGUUCAGCUUUCUGGAACUUUUAUUGGUGCUGCCCGGAACAAGUACAAGUCUGACAUUUUAAAACUUGUCAAGGAUGGUAUUGAAUAUGCUUUUGUAGAUGCUCCAAAACAAUUGUCUUUUCUGGAAGCAGCUGUGGUUCAUUUUGUGUCAAAACUCCCUGCAUCAGAUGUGUUGGAAAUUAAGAAGGAUGUUGAAAAGCGAACAGAAAAUGUAAAUAAAGAUGAAAAUCCCAGUGGCUGGCGUCCCUAUUGCACAUUUGUUGAGGUCUUGCGGGAAAAAUGUGUGAAGAAUGAAGUCUUUCAAGAUGAGAAAGAAGGGGUUUCUGUUAAGCGUCGGGGUCGUCCACGGAAAAUGCAAAACAUACCGGGAAAGAAGCUUUUUAAUGACCAUAGCUCAAGUGAAGACGAGGAUUCAAUUAGUGCAUCCGAACAAGAGGAGGAGGAUGAAGACGUUCCUUUGAUACACUCAAUCAGGCGCUUAUCAAAGUCAAGGCUGCUGGGACUUUCUAGGGAGGAAAGCAAAGGUCAGACAAAGACAGGGAAUUCUGUGGGAGCUGUAGAUAAUAUAUCUGCUUCAAGAACAUCUGGGGCUUCAAACUAGCCUUACGAAGUUGGAGGAAAAAGUAUUUUUGCAAUUUGGCACAUAUUUAUUUACCACACCUGUUUCUUUACAGUAAUUUACUGCAGCUGUUAAAAUUAGGCAUACUGGUAGUUUGUAAUUCAGUUCAUGGUAGUGAAAUCUACCCUAUUAAUUAAAGAUUGCUAGCCUUACCGGUGUAAAUGUUAGUGAAAUGUGUCCUCCUCUUGAUGGUCAGUCGGAACUGAAAAGUUGCCAAUAUCUUCUCAGAAUUUCACUGUGAAUGUAAACAUUAUUAUCUUAUUUCAAGCAGUUGCCAAUAUUUA